AGUGCGGCUUACUCAGCAACCAAUCUCCAAAAUAUCGCAACCUGGUCCAAGCAUUGAAACCAAAUCUGUCAAGAGAUUAGUAUAGAAGAGAAAAGAAUCUAAGCUGGAAACUUGUGAACACCUCAGCGUGCACCGCCAGACACCACCGCCAAAAUCCGCCUGGCCCGCCGCGUCUCCUCCUUCUCCUCCGCAUUGGGACUACUAUAUCUCCAGCAGACCAUAGACAGCCGCCAUCAUGCCAAAGUUCUACAGUUCCCUGAACAGCGACCACGUUGACUUCAUCAACGCCCAGCCCCUCUUCUACGUUGCCAGUGCGCCCUGGGCCGGAGACCACAUCAACAUCUCCCCAAAGGGACAGCCCUCACAGACCUUCUCCAUCCUCGGCCCCACCACAGUCGCCUACCUUGACGCUACUGGCCACGGAUGCGAGACCAUCGCCCACGUCAACGAGAAUGGGCGUGUAACGCUGCUCUUCAGCUCUUCAGGACUCGAGGCCAAGACCCUGCGGCUGUUCUGUGUCGGCCGUGUCGUGGAGAAAUGGGACCACCACUUCAACCAGCUGCGUGCCAAGAUGGCGUCCGAGAAUGGUGAUACCGUCGACAUCACUGGUGCCCGUGCCAUUAUCGUCCUGCAGAUCAAGAAGGUGCAGACGAGUUGUGGGUUCGGCACACUCCCCGGCGUCGCCGAUGGCGACGCAACAGCUUUCGCCGACCACGAGGACGACAAAGAUGGACGUGAGACGCUCGAGGCUUGGGCCGCGAAGAAGAUUGAGAGGAGGGAGAUGAUGGAUUUCCAGAAGCUAAACAACUCUAGGAGUAUGGAUGGACUGCCGGGACUGAAGAGCGCAAGGUCGGCCCUUGACGAGAACAUCGCCGUCGAGGACACGAAGGCGUGGCUCAGGAAGGUCUCGAGGCAAUGGGAUGCAGUGCUAUUAGGCAUCGGGCUUGGCUUCAUCAUCAUGAUCAUACUCGGCCUGAUAGACUUCAUCCACAUCGACCCUAGAUUCCUGACGCAUAUUUUGAACUUUCAAAAGAAGCAGAUGGGUUACAGUCACGAUGAACUGUAGAGGACACUGAUUGUGCAGUACUGGAAUUACAAAACUUGUUUGAAU